AUGUCGUCGCUAACAUACCUGUCCCAGACUGUGAUCGCAUGGAUUGCCGCUCACAUCAGUGAUAAUCUAAGGGAAACCAUGUUCAUUGUGGCCGCGGGCCUCAAUGGGUGUCACUUUUCAUCGCUUAAGUCCACUCACGUCGAUAUGGCACCAGAUUUUGCGGGCACUCUGUAUGGGGUGACCAACUCUAUGGCUGGCGUUAGCGGACUUAUUGCCCCUCAAUUUGCCGCUUAUUUUCUUAACAACGGGCAUACGCUAACCAAUUGGUCAAUCAUUUUCUACACAACAAUUAUAGUGUAUAUAUUGGGAACAGUUAUAUAUUUAGUGUUUGGGUCGGCAAAGGUUCAGGACUGGGCUGUCGAUCAUAAUACCGAUACAAUACAAUUGGGGCCUAAAAAGAAUGGUGGUGAAACUUUUGAGAAAAGUGACAGCACAGGCAAACAUUAA